AUGAGGCAAAUGUGUCCGCUCGGGGAAAAUGGAAUAUCUGUGAAACCACGCAAAGGAAAGAGAACAUUUACACUGUACGCACCAGUAUAUAUAUAUACACGCGCUCUUGCUCUCGCUGUUUGUGUUUUGGGUAUCUUUAAUUCCCUGAUAUUUGGUGAUGGUUCUGCACCUCUGCCUCUGAAGAGAAGGAGACUCACCACCAUUGAUAUCAUGGAAGCCGAAGCAGCUAAGGCCAAGCUUGCAGAUGUCAAAGAAAAGGUUGGGCGAGAUGUCCGGGUUUUUGAAACAUCAGGGUUUGCUUCAUCAACAAAUCAAGUUUCUGAAGGUGAGGAGUCAGAUGAUUUCUAUGAGUUCACUGCAGAGGAUUAUCAUAGAAUAUUGGCUACAAGAAAGGAAGAUAAAUAUUUGAAGACAAAAAAAAUUCGAGACGCAGAAGAAGCAGCUCGCCGUUCAAGAGUAACAAAGGCUGUGAUUAGGGUUCGCUUUCCUGAUAAUCAUACAUUGGAGGUGGCUUUUCUUCCGUCAGAAAAGAUUCAGAGCUUAUUUGAUCUUCUCGUAAAAGUGAUUGCACGACCAGAACUACCAUUCCAUUUAUUUACAACUCCUCCCAAGAAGAAAAUAAAGGACUUGUCACAAGAUUUUUACUCGGCUGGCUUUAUUCCUGGUGCAAUUGUGUAUUUUUCAUAUGAUCUACCACAAGGAGAUGAUUCUGCAGCUCUGAGUUCUGGUCCCUUCCUAGGAGAAGAGAUAAUGUCUUUGAAAGGUUUGGAACUGAUUUCAGAACCAAGAGAGCCUGUUGAGGCUGCUGAACCAGAACCAGUAGCAGUGGCGGCUCCUCCUGUACCUCAAGAGUCCAAGUCUGCUGGGAAAAAACCCAUCAAACCAAAGUGGCUGAAAAUGUGAUAUUGACAAUGCUUCCAUUUACCAAUCGUAGGACAUGUGGAAGCCACUGUAAGCUGAAUUUGGUAGGAAGUUGUAAAAGAAGGCUCAAGGAAUUCACUUUUUCAUACCCCUAACUCUUUUGUAUCAUGUGAAUAUUAAUUGUAGCUUGCCUCUAUUGGUAACUUUGUAUUUGUUUGAUUGAUAC